UCUCUCUUUCUCAAACACACACACAGACACACACACACAGACACACACACACAUACAAAUACGUUGGAGGAAAACAGACAACAGGAAAGAGGGUCGAGGAGAGAGAGAGACAGAAGGUGGGGGGGAAAAAGCAAAUGCUGAGAAUUCAGUCUGUGUGUCGAGCUCAGCCAUUUCCUUGAAUCAUAAUCUGAUUUGUGGACUGUGAAGCCGGAGAGGGAGAGACAGAGGGGUGAGAGGAGCACCCAUCUCUGCAACCCCCUCCUUCUGAUCGCCUGAGCCAUAGGGAAAAGCUUCUCACACACACACAGAGGCGAAAAGCAGCACACAGGGGCUAGGCCGCAAGUCAUUAGUUCUUGGUGGACAAGCACUGACAAAAGGCUGGAGGGAGAAGGCUGCACAGGCGCCUGGAGAGCGACCGCAGGAACUAUGGAGGGCUGAGCACACGGACACCCUCUUGUACGCUCUCUUGUUUUUCUGGGUUUUCUCUGUGGAAGCAGGAAGCACAGAGGCUUGUGUCACAACUGAAGCUACAACAAGCUACAACAAGCAAGGAAGAGAGAUCACUUCCUUGUGCCGGGGAUCUGCUGGUGUGUAUUUUGGAAGUGAGUGCAGGCAGUCCACGUCGCCAGGUCUGCUGCCACCGCUGCUGCUUUUGCAGCUGCCCCCAACAUCGCUCUGAGGACCGCCGUGACCACCUGAAAAUGUUGCAGCUGCUGCGUGGACAUUAACUUGGUUUGCUCAGUGUGGAAUGUCUCCAUCACGGGUCACAAUGCUACUGCUGCUGCUGAGAGGAUUACAGCAGGGAGAAAAGAGUUGCCUGCCUUCUCAGGAAGAUCUCUAGAGCGACGAGAGGAUUUCUUUUUCAGCGAGGGGAGCCACAGACACCACAUUACUGUUUGCUCUAAGGUUCCUCGGCUGAGACUAUUUGCCUGGGCAGUGCUCGUUGCCCUUAACCAUCUCAGGAACUGGUCUGAAGAAGAGGACGAAAACACCAGGCAGGGGCUACGAGCUGGAUAAAGAGAGAGCGCAAGAGACACAAGACACUGAAAUCUACAUGCAUGCAAAACUAAAAGUUGCCACACUGAGACUGUUUCCAGGUCAUAGUGGAGUGGGAGGAGACUGAUCACUCUUGUUUUUAUUUCGUUCUCCUGCCAAACACACUUCUACUCAAAGGCUUAAAGCCCCCUCCUUUUUUUUAACCCCCUCAUUGACAUCUGCCAUCAACCUCAAGGAUUGUUUUUCUUUCUGUUCUUUUGUAUAAUAACCCAGAGACUUCAUAAACAACUGAGAGAGGGAGAGGUGGGGGAAAACACACCACACACAGUCUGGACUUUUUUGAUAUUUAUGUUACCUUGACAGCAACCAGAAAUCUUGGCUGCCUGUCCCAUUUUCCUCUGCGGUGGUUCGGUAACCAAGCGAUGGCCAUGGUGAGUGGGGGCUGGGGAGAUCCCAAUGGGGGCACUAACGGGCUGGGGGACAAGGGCUACCUGAGGGGGGAGGAGGAAGACGGUUCUCCCCAGGCGGGAGGCAGCGACAUGGAAGCCGGAGAAGAUGACAAGGCCUGCGUGGUGGACUGCGUGGUGUGCGGGGACAAAUCCAGCGGGAAACACUACGGAGUGUUCACCUGCGAGGGCUGCAAGAGCUUCUUCAAGAGGAGCGUCAGGCGCAACCUCAGCUACACCUGCAGAUCAAAUAGAGAGUGUCAGAUCGACCAGCACCACAGGAACCAGUGCCAGUACUGUCGCCUGAAGAAGUGCUUCCGUGUUGGUAUGCGCAAAGAAGCAGUUCAACGCGGUCGCAUCCCACCUCAGCCGAGCCUCAGCCCCUCCAUCACACCCAUAGGUGGCGCCAGUGGCCUUGGAGGCGGCGAGUUCUAUAACAACAACAAUGGAGGUAGUGGUGGUGGUCAGCCAGUGUCUGAACUUAUUUCCCAGCUCCUGAGAGCCGAGCCUUACCCCAACAGUCGCUACGGACACCAGUACAACCAGCAGGCCGGUCCUGAUAACGCUAUGGGAAUAGAUAAUAUCUGUGAACUGGCUGCGCGGUUACUCUUCAGCACAGUGGAGUGGGCGAGGAACAUCCCUUAUUUCCCUGAGCUGCCUGUGUCCGACCAGGUGGCCCUGCUGAGACUGAGCUGGAGCGAGUUGUUCAUCCUCAGUGCGGCACAGUCUGCCCUGCCGCUCCACAUGGCGCCCCUGUUGGCUGCAGCUGGUUUCCACUCCUCGCCCAUGUCUGCGGAGCGCGUGGUGUCCUUCAUGGAUCAGGUGAGGGUGUUCCAGGACCAGGUGGACAAGCUGACCAGGCUACAGGUGGACUCUGCUGAGUACAGCUGUCUCAAGGCCAUCGCGCUGUUCUCGCCAGAUGCCUGUGGUCUAACAGACCCAGUACACGUGGAGUCUCUGCAGGAGAAGGCUCAGGUGGCUCUGACAGAGUACGAGAGGAUGCAGUACCCGAGUCAGCCUCAGCGCUUCGGCCGCCUCCUCCUGCGCCUGCCCGCCCUGCGUGCCGUUCCUGCCAGCCUCAUCUCCCAGCUCUUUUUCAUGCGCCUGAUAGGAAAGACACCCAUUGAGACGCUGAUCCGGGACAUGCAGCUCUCCGGAAACUCAAUCAGCUGGCCGUAUGUCCCAGGACAGUAGCUCCCUGACAGACGAGGUCUCCGUCUGGUAAUAGUGACGACAAGGACCCACAGGAAACCUCCUGACUCAUCACUAUCCAUCUGUGUGGUUAUCAAACUGCAGCGCCAGCUGGCCAUCAUAUGCACUGUACUGUAACCGCUCAAUUCCCCCUCAUGAACGAGCCCUCAGACUCCACAUGGGCCUCCAGAAGAAGAGAGUAGAAGAAUAGCAUAGCCAGUGCCAAGCUGGAGCUGUCUUGUUGCCAGUGCUGUCGUUCUGGUGCCAGGUCCCAGGCCGGAGACCAGCUCCUCACGCUGGGCUCCGAUAUGGCCACCACAGCCAGUCAUGUCACCACCCACAUGUCAUAGUGACUAAAGACUCUGCAGUUUCAUGUAGAGGGCAGCAGCACCCCACUAGAAAUACAUUUAGAGAACAAAACUGUCCUGCCAACAAACAUCGGAGGAGCAGUGUUUCCCACACCAGGCUCAUUUUCCAUAGCUCGCCAUUUGUGAUACAAUGACCUUUUUAACCAAAUAACUGACAACAGGAUGAUGAAGUAUCACUAUUAUGGAUCGAUCUGUGCGCCUCACUGUUGAAGGGAAACUCUUACCUCAACAACGAGGAAGACACUAAGGAGCUCCUGAAAAGGAGCAGAAAGGAGAUAAAACCAAGGAAAAUUCACCAAAGUCUAUCAUAUCAUCCUACGAGAUGGUCCUCACACCCAGAAAACGAGAUGAACCGACUUGUGACUGCCUGACCAUCGAGUAAACAGCGCAUUUAAAUUCAUCCACAGGGCUCACUGGUGGUGUAGUUGAAGAAGAUUUAAAAAAAAAAGGCAUAGUAAGAUGAGAGCGGACUAAUACCUCACUAGACAUCAGAAUGCUUUAGUCUGAUAUUUCCUAAACACAAACCUCUGUAAAUUUUGUUCACCAGAAACCGCCUUCUUUUUGACAACUGCCUUGUUUUUCAGUACAAAUUUGAGACACCUGUGUAACACGAGUCUUAGAUCCCCCAAAUUGAUUUUCAGUCGUUUUGACUCGCUGAAUACGGUGCGUUCAGCGUUAUUUUGAUCAAACAUCAUUGUUAUUAUAUAUACAUAUAUAUAAAUAUAUAUUUGUUUUCUUUUUUCACAUAUGCACUGAGAAACGGCAGGCUGACGUCUAAAUCCUACUUGAGUUUAGUUGUUUGAAAUGAUUCUAAAACAAUAAGAAUUAGCUUGACAAAAACAGCUCUAAGAGUAAAUAAUCGACACUACCAGUUAAAUUCCAGUUUACGCUUCUGGAGAUCACGAUCUCCCGAAAACUGUAUUGAAAUAUGUACAUAUAUAUAUUGAGCCCGGCUUUUGUCUUUUCUGCAUGUUCAACUGUUAUUUUGGAUCUCUGCUAAGUUGAUACUGUUUUAUUUUAUGUAAUUAAAGUUUCAUUUAAACAUUAAAGUAUUUGCCUUCAAUGGUAGCUCCUAAAUGUUUCUUCUUUUUUUUUCCUACCUGUAUUUACAUGAAAAUACCUCUGUCAUCUGUUGAGAUGUCAAGAAAGAAGCUGAAUGCCAUUACAACUAAUACGACGUAGAGCUGUUCAUGCUCUCAUCUCUUAGCAUCUUGAGUGUGUCUCUGCUGUUUGUGAAUGAUGUUGUAAUUGAUGAGGAUCUGGUGAAAAGACUGCGCUUGCAGGAUAUUCAAUGCCAAAAGAUUAUACUGUCUGUCGGGUUAGAAGAAGAUGGGAUUCCCUGGUCCACAUGAAUUUACCUCACAUGGGUAUUUCAAGAGGCGGGUUUACAAAAUCAGGACUAUUUUAGGUAUUUUUAAGGAAAUGAUGAAAAACGCACUCCAAACUCAGCACGAUUCAGCAGUUAGCAAUUUAAGAAACCAGAGAGGAAGGGUGCAACUCCUGCUUCUUGAUUUGCCGCUGGGCCAUUUUGGAAAUUCUUUGCAUAUUCUUCCCUCAGUCUACAAUUCACACAACCACGCCGUAGAGGCAGGGGAACAAUAUUGUUAAUGUUUUCUUAUCUUUGUGUUACUGAGUUCUUAAGAUUUAAAAUUUCAUGUGUAUGGCAACGCUAUUAAAAGAAUCAAACGAUGACGAUGUGUCUUUUGUUAUGGUUUUUUUUUAACUUCUUGAAUAAUGUGUUGUAAUUUCAUCUGUAUGAAGAAUGCCAAAUAAACACUGCAACAUGUACUGCAA